GGCGCCCUGCGGCCCCUGGAGCCCGAGCUGGGGGCGCUGCAGGCGCGCCUCGACCGGCUGCUGCGCCGCAUCGACCACCUGCCGCGCCCCCCCCCCGCGCCGCUGCCCCCCCCCGGGUCCCCGUGGGCGGCGGUGCAGGCGAGCCACGCGGUGUUCCACGGGCUGCACCUCUACCUCGACUGGGCCUCGCGCGCCCUCCUCCUGCUGCGGAACCGCCUCUGA